AUGGAGAAGGAAUUGCAAAAGUACCGUGCUCAGAAAGCUAAAGAAUACAAAGAGAGCAGAUGGAGUGUAUGGAGACCUACGUUUUCAUUUGGGACAAAGAUUUUCAGCAAUUUUGUGACAGAACAAAAUGAACGUAGUUUACACUGGUUGAUAUUAGUCUUAAAACUUCUCUUCUGGUUAGUACUCUGGGGUUUCUUCAUUCAAAUUGAGUUUGGAACCGUGUUUUUUAUCCUUUCAAUGUUUUACUGGGUGUAUGUAAGUAUGCAAGCAGGAUCAAGGAAGCCUUGGGAACCCAGUCCUUACUCUGUGUUUAAUGAAAACUGUGAAGCUAUUGAUGGAACUCUUAAUGCCGAACAGUUUGAACGAGAACUUAAGUUUGGAGCGGGAGCCGUUUCAGGAAAUUCAAAAUAA